AAGGAGCCCAGCUCAGCUUAACUUUACUUCGUUACCAAGUAUGCAGAUACAAGGCCACUCUCUUCGUACCUGCUGCUUCCCCUCACUCUGAACUCACAGGUUCUUGCAGCCAAUUGCUGGGAUAGUGAGAUCUCGGAAGGCCACUUUGGUUAUUUCAUUCAUUUCUCAAUGAGGAUUAGGUUCUGUCAUCUGUCACCAGCCAUCUGUUAGGUAUUGACAAAUCUCCUAGGACUUUGGAAGGCUGAAUGGACUAAACAUGAAGAGCCUAAAAGCGAAGUUUCGGAAGAGCGAUACAAAUGAGUGGAACAAGAAUGAUGACCGUCUGCUGCAGGCUGUGGAGAAUGGAGAUGCUGAGAAGGUGGCCUCGCUGCUGGGCAAGAAAGGGGCCAGUGCCACCAAGCACGACGGCGAGGGCAAGACCGCUUUCCACCUUGCUGCUGCGAAAGGACACGUGGAAUGCCUCAAGGUCAUGGUUACACAUGGUGUGGAUGUGACUGCCCAAGAUUCUUCCGGUCACAGUGCUUUACAUAUCGCAGCCAAGAAUGGCCACCCGGAAUGCAUCAAGAAGCUGCUUCAGUACAAGAGCCCAGCCGAAAGCGUUGACAACUCGGGGAAAACAGCUUUACAUUAUGCAGCGGCACAGGGGUGCCUUCAGGCUGUACAGGUCCUCUGCGAACACAAAAGCCCCAUAAACCUUAAAGACUUGGAUGGGAACAUACCCCUGCUUGUCGCAGUACAGAAUGGCCACAGUGAGGCCUGCCACUUUCUCCUGGAUCACGGCGCAGAUGUCAAUUCCAGGGACAAAAAUGGAAGAACUGCUCUCAUGCUGGCUUGUGAAACUGGCAGCUCUAACACUGUGGAAGCCUUAAUUAAAAAGGGGGCAGACCUGAACCUUGUAGAUUCUCUCGGACACAAUGCCUUAUAUUAUUCCAAACUCUCGGAAAAUGCAGGAAUUCAAAGCCUUCUGUUAUCAAAAAUCUCUCAGGAUGCUGAUUUAAGGACUCCAACAAAACCAAAGCAGCAUGACCAAGUCUCUAAAAUAAGCUCAGAAAGAAGUGGAACUCCAAAAAAACGCAAAGCUCCACCACCUCCUAUCAGUCCUACCCAGUUGAGUGAUGUGUCUUCCCCACGAUCGAUAACAUCUACACCACUUUCGGGAAAGGAAUCAGUAUUUUUUGCUGAAGUGCCUUUUAAGGCUGAGAUCAGCUCCAUACAAGAAAACAAAGACAGACUAAGCGACAGUACUGCAGGCGCUGACAGCUUAUUGGAUAUAAGUUCUGAAGCUGACCAGCAAGAUCUUCUAGUCCUGUUGCAAGCUAAAGUCGCUUCCCUUACCUUACACAAUAAGGAGUUACAAGAUAAAUUGCAGGCCAAAUCACCCAAGGAAGCUGAAGCCAACCGAAGCUUUCAAUCUUUCCAUUCCACCCAGACUGACCUGGCCCCGUCCCUGGGCAAAGCUAGUGACAUCCCUUCCUCCGACGCCAAAUCAUCCCCACCUGUCGAGCAUCCGGCAGGAACAUCCACGACCAACAGUGAUGUCAUAAUCCAGCAGCUACAAGAUAGCUUGCACGAUUUGCAGAAGAGAUUGGAGAGCUCCGAAGCAGAGAAGAAACAGCUCCAGGACGAACUCCAGUUACAAAGGACAGACCUGCUGUGCUUGAACAACACAGAGAUCUCAGAGAAUGGCUCUGACCUCAGUCAGAAGCUCAAAGAAACUCAGAGCAAGUACGAAGAGGCCAUGAAAGAAGUCCUGAGCGUGCAGAAGCAAAUGAAGCUGGGUCUCCUCUCCCAUGAGAGCACCGAUGGCUACUCACAUCUUCAAGAGGUGCCAGUCACUGAUGAAGACGUCGGCACACUAAAGCAAGACCUGCAGAAAGCACUGGAAGAAAGUGAAAGGAAUAAGGAGCGAGUGCUGGAGUUAGAGACAAAGCUCAUGGAGAAGGAAAAGGCCAGAGCAGCUAGGCCAGCUGCAGAGGCGUGCGAGGACAUGGACAGCUCCUACCGCUCUGUUAUCGAGAAUAUGAAUAAGGAGAAGGCAUUUUUGUUUGAGAAAUAUCAGCAGGCCGAAGAAGAAAUCAUGAAACUAAAAGACACGCUAAAAAGUCAGAUGCCACAGGAAGUCCCCGAUGACUCUGGGGAUAAGAAAGAGGCCAUGAGCAGGAUGAUUGGUGAACUCAAUAAACAGGUGAGCGAGCUGUCACAGCUGUUACGAGAAGCCCAGGCAGAACUGGAGGAUUACCGGAAGAGGAAAUCUCUAGAAGAUGCAGCAGAAUAUAUUCACAAAGCUGAACAUGAGAGGCUGAUGCACGUGUCAGACCUGUCCAGGGCCAAAUCGGAAGAAGCGCUGUCCGAGAUGAAGUCUCAAUAUUCCAAAGUGUUGAACGAGUUGACUCAGCUCAAGCAGCUGGUGGACGAAUACAAAGAGAAUUCCGUGUCCAUCACAGAACAUUUGCAAGUGAUAACCACGCUGCGGACAAAGGCCAAAGAGAUGGAAGAAAAAAUAAGCACCCUCAAAGAGCACCUUGCAAACAAGGAAGCAGAAGUCACAAAGCUUGAGAAGCAGCUUGCAGAAGAGAAAGCUGCUAUGAGCGACACAAUGGUCCCCAAGUCUUCCUAUGAAAAGCUCCAGGCCUCCCUCGAGAGUGAAGUCAAUGCAUUAGCAACAAAAUUAAAGGAGUCAGUAAAAGAGAAAGAGAAAGCCCAUUCUGAGGUCGCCCACAUUCGAAGUGAGGUCUCACAGGCGAAAAGGGAAAAGGAAAACAUCCAGACUCUCUUGAAAUCCAAAGAGCAGGAAGUAACUGAGCUUGUGCAGAAAUUCCAGCGGGCUCAGGAAGAACUGGACGGUAUUAAAAAAUGCUCUGAGACCUCGUCGAAGCGGGAGGAGGAUAAAGAUGAAAAGAUAAAUGAAAUGACCAGGGAAGUUCUGAAGCUGAAGGAGGCCCUGAACAGCCUCUCGCAACUCUCCUACUCCACAAGUUCAUCUAAGAGGCAGAGCCAGCAACUGGAAAUGCUACAGCAGCAGGUCAAGCAGCUACAGAGCCAGCUGGCUGAAUGUAAGAAACAACAUCAGGAGGUUGUAUCAGUUUACAGAAUGCAUCUUCUAUAUGCUGUUCAGGGCCAAAUGGAUGAAGAUGUCCAGAAAGUCUUGAAGCAGAUCCUCACCAUGUGUAAAAACCAGUCUCAGAAGAAGUAAAGCAGAUUCUUUGGCAGAACACUGCCCCUUGUUGCCUCUCUUUGUGUUAGAUCUGGGGUUGUCACUGACCACUGCCAUUGUUCUUAUCCGUGGUAUGCACUGUGACCUAGCAUAGCUUCUUUUCCAGAGGUUUCUGGGGGCUAGUCCCAAGAGAAGAUGUCCUCUUCAGAACUGCAUAGGUACUCCAGACCAGCAGAGGUGAAAGACCCUGCUCUCUCUUCAGAAUUUAGAACUGGGAUCAGCCAUGCCCAAAGAUCUGGUCUACCUUCCUUGGUACCUUAGCAUCUGAGUGGCUUUACUGAGUCAUCUGCUGAAUCCUCCAUGCAAUGAAUGGUCCUGGAUCCCUACCUUUGGUAUGUGCCAUUCAGCACAGGAGAGCCCAAACAUGAUUUAAUUUCUAACCAAACUAAAGUGAGUGCUUAAGACCCUUUCUCCUGUGGAUUUAAAAACUCCCUCCAACGCAUCCCCCCGUCCCCACAGCUGCCUUAAGUCUCACCACCCUGCUUAUGGUCUUGUUGUUUGAUGAGCGCUAUUAACUAAAAAUACAAAGUGUUAAACCAAGAGUGAACUCUCCUUUAAAGUUAAGUAAAUCAACAUAUUGCAAAAUUUCUAUGCAAACUUGCCUAGAAAACUUUCCACGAUGCUCAGGAAGUUCAGAUAUUUGUAUUUCAACAAAGGACAGUAAACUGUGUGUUUACAGCCAAAAGACAUGCCUCAUGGUUCUUAACCUCAAUUUUUUAAAAAGUGGGUUUUUUUUCCUCUAUGAUAUUUUUAUUGGCUUUUAAAGAUGUUUUCAUAGCGAAAGCCCUAAGUGAGAUUAGAUUAUAUUAACAUUAUUUUUAGAUAAACAUACAUAAGACUUCUUAAAAAUGUAACUUUUUCCUCAAAAGUUUUCAGAGGGUAGUUAUAUAUUCCAAACUCAGUUUGAGCUGACACCAGAACCCCCAGGACUUUCUGUAGUCUACUUCUGAAUGCAGUAAAUCCUCCUUUUGCCCAUUGAAUUUGUAAACAUCCCAAACUCUAGCACCCAUGAAUGAUUCCUGAAAGGACUGUCAUUUUCAGUCAGCUUCUCCAUGUUGAAAGUAAAAGUCCCAACACGGCAACGUGGUGCAUAGCAAAAAUCUCGGGGGAAAUAUGCCUGUUGACCUUACUUUCAAGUUAAAAAGGUUCGACUUGCUUGCAGCUUCUCUUAUGGCCCCGAUCAUGAGGGAGAUAAAUGAAAUAACUUUUGGUGUGUUACUAAAAGUAGAGGUCCACCCUGACAGGGCCCAUCAACAGCAGGGCUGCCUUGGCUCUGAGGCCACUUGGCUGAAUUGGGUAUGUUCAUCUGUCUUUGAUCAAUACCAGCAAAACAAAAGUGGCUUUAGGUUGGUGGCGCUGCUUUUCUUAAGUUGUCUGAUUAUAGUUAAGCAUUUCUCAAAAUGCCCCCAAAGAAAUGUGAAAGGAUUUGCCACGGGACUUAAGAAAUGACAAAGCCACCUCCCCUUGUGCCCCCACACAGAAAUGCUGCAGAGUGUAAAACUUGAGACAUUUUGUAGGAUGCCUGACAAAGUGUAGCCUUUUUCUUGUGUCAGGACACAUAUUUAUUACAAGUAUUCUGGUUAAAUAUUGGAAAGUUAUAUGCUGUAGUUUAGCAUUUUUUGUCUUUGUAAUUUACAGAAAUUAUUGCAGAAAAUAAACGUGGUUCAUUUUGCA